CAAUAUUCUUUUCAGCAACAAUAUUACAGAAACAACGAAUAAUGUAUAAUAUUAGAUACAUGUUCUGUCGUCGCGAUCACUACGCAAUUACCGUAAUAACAUACCCCGAACACCGGAAAGAAAAAUUCAGUGUAUUAAAAUCCCCUCAGGGGUAGACGCUUACUUAUUUCAGGGGGUACAAAUAAUAUAGACAUUCUAUGGUUAUAUACCGUUUGAUUUCUUUGAAAAACCGUCGAGUGAAACAGAAUACGAGGACUUCUUUCUUGAGACAGUCGGCUGAUGUAGGGAAACAAAAGCAAUGUAAAAGUCGCGAUUGACAUGCAUUUGAAGAAACUCAAUAGAAGCAAUUUAUUUACUGAAAACGAUAAAAAGUGCAAAUUUUCUUCUAUUGAAUGUCAACUUGAUAAGGAUGCAAGUAAUGAGAUGGACAUUUCAACUUCUGACGAUGUGUGGGUGUCGGCGACCUCCCUCUUGGACAUCACCUAUCAAAAAACGCCUCUACAAUAUCUACACAGUGUUUGUAUUCACGCUUAUUAACACAUCCAUGAUCCUUCAAAUCAUGGACCUGGUGUUAAUCGUGGAAAAUCAAGAUGAAUUAAGUGAAAAUAUCUUCCUGAUGCUAACGAUGUUGGUAGCUUGUCAUAAAAUGUACAGCAUGCUAAUGAGCCGUAACAACAUCGCUGUAUUCAACGAUAUUUUGGAAAAUGAACCUUUUCAACCGGAAAAUGUGGAAGAAAUAGAGAUUCGAGGGAGAUUCAACAAGAGGGCUGAAAUACAAGCAUAUAUUUACACGGUUGUAAACGAACUGGCAGUGAUAUUCCAUUCGUACAGCGGUGUGUUAAAGUCAGAAAAAUUACCAUACAGAAUGUGGUUACCUUACAAACACCUCUCGUUAACGGUGCUCAUUUUUACUUACAUUCUGCAAGCUCUAUCUUUGAUAAUCGGAUCUUUGGUACACAUCGCCUGUGAUAAUUUGAUCUGGGGCAUGCUGAUUCAUACUUGCAGUCAAAUUGAGAUUCUUGGGUACCGUCUGAAGGCGAUUAAACCGAGCGAGAGUCAGUCUGCGAAGUCAUCUGCGCGUUAUCAUGAUCACGUGUAUCGAUUUGCCAAAAUGCUUAACAAAGAAUUUGAAUGGAUCGUUUUCGUCCAGUUCGGCGUGACUACAAUGAUCAUAUGCUUCAACCUUUAUCUGUUGAUAACAGCGAAAAAUAUUAACGCAAAAUUUCUGAUAGUUGUAUAUUACACUUUCGGCAUGCUAACACAAAUAUUCAUUUAUUGUUGGUACGGGAACGAAGUUAAAUCAAAGAGCCUCGAGGUAUCACAGAUGGCAUUCAGAACCGACUGGAUGUUUUUCAACAAAGAUAUUAAAAGAAUUCUCUCGAUGAUUAUGAGACGUAGCGAUGUUUCCAUUGAAUUCACAAGUGCCCACGUUGUAUCUAUGAAUCUUGAAUCGUUCGUGAAGGUACACACAGCACACAGGAUAUUUCAACUACUAGCAGUGUGCGGUUGUUGGCAACCACCCUCUUCGGCACCACCCUACAAAAAAUUCUUCUACACCGUCUAUACUGUGAUUCUAUUUACAUUGUUAAACGCUAUAACAUUUUUACAAUGCCUGGACUUGAUACUGGUCGUGGAAAACCAAGACGAAUUCAGCGAUAACGUUUAUCUAACGUUGACGAUGAUGGUUUCGUGUCACAAAAUGUACAGCAUGUUAGCGAAACAUAAGAACAUCGCUGUUUUAAUUGAUAUCCUGAAUAAGGAGCCUUUUCAACCGGAAAAUGAGAAAGAAAUGGAGAUUCGAAAGGAAUUCGAUAAGAAAGCCCGCUGGCAAGCAUUUCUUUAUUUAGUUCUAACUGAAUUGGCAGUGAUACUUUACUCAAGCGUAGCAGUUUUGAAAACUGAUGACAUAAAGCUUCCCUUCAGAAUGUGGUUACCUUUCGAUUACCUUCCACUCUAUUUGCACAUCAUUAUUUAUUUUCUGCAAACUGCAGUUUUAAUCACUGGAUCUAUGGUGAACGUUGCUUAUGAAGGAUUGAUGUGGGGUCUUUUAAUUCACACUUAUUCUCAGCUGGUGAUACUUGAGUGUCGUCUGAGAGCGAUCAAACCUAACGAUAAUCACUCUGCGAAAGCGGCUGUGCGUUUCCACAAUCGCGUGUAUCGAUUCGCCAAACUGAUAAAUAAAGAAUUUAAGAUGAUUAUUUUUGUUCAGUUUACCGUAAGCACGUUAGUGGUGUGUUUCACCCUUUACGUACUGUUGAUGACAAAUGAUGUGAAUGUAAAAUUUGCGAAAAUGAUAAUGUACGCGUGUGCUAUGCUCGUGCAAAUAUUCUUCUUCUGUUGGUACGGAAAUGAAGUGAAAUUAAAGAGCAUUGGAAUUUCUGAUGUGAUAUUCGAAAUUGACUGGACACAAAUGAACAAUGACACUAAAAGAAUCCUCUUGAUGAUUAUGAGACGUGCCACAUACUCCAUUGAAUUCACUAGUCUUCAUGUUGUGACUCUGAAUUUGGAAUCAUUCGUAAACUUACUUAAAACUUCUUACUCGGCGUUUAAUGUGCUUCAAAGUGGCCAAGGAUAA